UAUGCGCAUUGACCACGCCCCCUUUUGUGGUGUCUUUCCGCCAAAGUGUCAGCCGCCGAGUGACCAACAAGCCGGAACGCACCUAAAAAUGUCCGACCAAGGGCUGACGAAUGAAGCAGCUGCCGCCGCGUGUAAAGCGGGGAACCCCAUCACUAAAGACUUCAUGAUGCAGCAGACGAUGCUGCGGGUUAAGGAUCCGGUUAAAUCCCUGGAUUUCUACACACGCAUUUUGGGAAUGACGCUGUUACAGAAGUUUGAUUUCCCCUCCAUGCGAUUCACCCUGUAUUUUCUGGGUUAUGAGGAUAAGAAAGAGAUCCCUGCAGAUGUGAAGGAGAGGACAGCCUGGACGUUCUCCCGUCGAGCCACUAUAGAGCUCACACAUAACUGGGGCUCAGAGACAGAUGACAGCCAGUCUUACCACAACGGCAACUCAGACCCAAGAGGCUUUGGCCAUAUUGGAAUUGCUGUACCGGAUGUCUAUGCUGCCUGCAAGCUGUUUGAAGAGAAUGGAGUGACCUUUGUAAAAAAGCCUGAUGAUGGUAAAAUGAAGGGCCUGGCCUUUAUUCAGGAUCCUGAUGGUUACUGGAUUGAGAUUCUCAGCCCUAACAACAUGGUGUCCAUCACUUCUUAAAGACUGUUGUUAUGCUUUGACCUAAUCAGAAGACGCUAGUUGUGAAAAUCAAGGACAGUUGGGUGAUCAGAAAGGGGGAUUGCUCUGUGGACAGCAUGGAAAGCUGUGCAUUUUGAAGACUGAAAAUCUCUGACACGUGUGUUAGACAUCUGGUCAUCUGAAAAUAAAAUAUAACCAUAUAAUUUGACAUAUUUACUUUUUGAAAUAAUGCAGUCCUCCAUAGAGUCUAACCCUAAAAGUUUACAAUAAUAAUACAAAAAUAAAUAUUUUUUGAAUUUUUGCAGUCAUUCUAACAUUAAAACCCUUCCUUUAUUCGUUAAAAUAAAGCAAUGCAAGUA